AUGGCUCCUCUGGUAAAAUGGCUGUUGUACAAGCGUGAGGAUUUGAGUGGAUCUCUAGCACCCAUCCCCAAACCAACCUGGGCCUUGCAACAGGCAGCUGGGAAAAAUGUGACCCCUGAAAGUCAGACAUCGCUAGACAUCGAUGCAGUCCCUCCAGACCCAGUGGGCGAACAGUGGCUUGUGUCUGUCAUUAUUCUGAAAGCUGUCAGUGAUUCCAUCCCCAAGCAGUCAGGAAGCUUUAUGAAAACCUUAGCAGAAAUUGCCCAACUCAAGGUGUGGUCACCGCAGGGGGGCGUCAAUCAAGAAAAUGCCCCUUUGCCCCAGAGGCGAGUGAAGCCGCACAGGGCCGAGGCCACACUGAGCAGCGCGCUACGACUUUCAAUAGAAAACAUGUGCAAAACCUCGGAGCCCGGCUGCGCACAGCUGUGUCCUUCAGGGCCCCGGGACAGAGGCAAGCCCUUGCUCUGGAGCCCUUUCCUCCAGCGGCCCCUGCACAAAAGGAAAGGCGGCCAAGUGAGGUUCUCCAACGACCAGACCAUCGAACUGGAGAAGAAGUUCGAGACUCAGAAAUACCUCUCCCCACCCGAGAGGAAGCGUCUGGCCAAGAUGUUGCAGCUCAGCGAGAGACAGGUCAAAACCUGGUUUCAGAAUCGCCGAGCUAAAUGGAGAAGACUGAAACAGGAGAACCCUCAAAGCAAUAAAAAGGAUGAGUUGGACAAUUUGGACACUUCCUGUGACCAGGGCCAACACUCACCCAGUGAACAGAAUAAAGGUGCCUCUUUGGAUAGUUCUCAGUGUUCACCCUCCCCAGCCUCGCAGGAAGACCCUGACUCCGAGAUUUCAGAGGAUUCUGACCAGGAAGUGGACAUUGAGGGUGACAAAGGCUACUUUAACUCUGGAUGA